CACGUGUACGAGCUGGUCAGCAAACUGAAACUCCCCAAUAAUGGGAGGAUGCGUGCAGGCAGGGGCUGGCCCAGGACCGGCCUAGUGAUGAAUAUCCUGGGCUUCAUCCUUAUGAAGGGCAAUUGUGCCGCCGAGAAAGACGUCUGGCAAUUUCUAAAAGUGUUGAAGGUAUACGCCGGCAGGAGGCAUUUCAUUUAUGGAGAGCCGAGAAAGUUCGUCAAUAACGAUCUGGUGAAGCUGAAGUACCUGGAGUACCGCCAGGUGCCCGGCAGUGACCCGCCUCUCUAUGAGUACCUGUGGGGCCCAAGAGCUUAUGCUGAGACCAGCAAGAUGAAAGUCCUCCACUUUUUGGCCAAAGUUGCUGACACAACUCCAAGAGCCUUCCCCUUACAAUAUGAAGAGGCUUUACGAGAAGAAAGGGCACGCACCAGAGGUGCUGGGAGGGCUGGCACUAGUGCCACAGCAAGGCCUGAUUCCAUGGCCCCGUCUUCUUCCACCCGUAGUGCACACUGA